AUGAAGUCCACAGUAGCUUCCAUGGCCACGGCCAUCACCUUGGGUGCCUCGACCGUCCUUGGUGCCGCAACCAACCUCCAGGCCCGUAGCAGUGAUAUCACUCCGAUCACUGUCAAGGGUAACGCCUUCUUCAAGGGCAGCGACCGGUUCUACAUGCGCGGUGUCGACUACCAGCCCGGUGGUUCUUCCAACCUGACCGAUCCUAUCGCUGAUGCCGAUGGGUGCAAGCGUGACAUCAAGUACUUCAAGGAAUUGGGCCUGAACACUAUCCGUGUCUACUCCGUCGAUAAUUCUCAGGACCACGACGAGUGCAUGACUGCCCUCGCUGAUGCCGGCAUCUACCUCGUUCUCGAUGUCAACACCCCCAAGUACUCCAUCAACCGUGCCGAGCCUGAGAUGUCCUACAACGAUGUCUAUCUUCAGUACAUCUUCGCCACCAUCGAGAUGUUCGCCAAGUACGACAACACCUUGGCCUUCUUCUCUGGUAACGAGGUCAUCAACGACGGUCCCUCCUCCAAGGCUGCUCCCUACGUCAAGGCUGUCACCCGUGAUAUGCGCACUUACCUCCGCUCUCGCAAGCUCCGCUCCGUCCCUGUCGGAUACUCCGCCGCCGAUGUCGACACCAACCGUCUCGAGAUGGCCGAGUACAUGAACUGCGGUACCGAUGACGAGCGCAGUGACUUCUUCGCCUUCAACGACUACUCCUGGUGUGACCCCUCUUCCUUCACCACCUCCGGCUGGGACCAGAAGGUGAAGAACUUCACUGGCUACGGACUUCCCCUCUUCCUUUCCGAGUACGGCUGCAACAUCAACACCCGCAAGUUCGAGGAGGUCAAGUCUCUCUACUCCACCGAGAUGACUCCGGUCUACUCUGGCGGUCUGGUCUACGAGUACACCGAGGCGGGCAACAAGUACGGCUUGGUUACUGUCUCUGGUGACUCCGUUACUACCAACUCCGAUUACAAGGCUCUCAAGACUGCCUUCGAUGACACCAAGAACCCCACUGGCAACGGCGGCUACAACUCCACCGGUGGUGCCUCCGGUUGCCCUAAGAUGCAGAAGCCUAACUGGGACGUCGACACUGAUGCUCUCCCUGCCAUGCCCUCCCCUGCCAAGAAGUACCUGACCGCAGGUGCCGGCAAGGGCGAUGGAUUCGCCGGCAAGGGCAGCCAGAACUCCGGCACCAAGUCCACCACCACUGCCACCCAGGGCUCCGGUGACGUCGCUGCUGCCACUAGCGGUUCCACUACUUCUGCUACUAGCACCAGCUCCACUGGUGCUGCCCCCAGCCUCAAGCCUUUCCAGUUCAGCUUCGCCCCCGCUACCGUCGGCCUAGUCACUGUCGUGUCGGCUGUCUUUGGCGCUAGCUUCAUCCUUCUGUAA